AUGUAUCUGGUAGUUCGUUAUCUUCACGUUCCUAUGAUGUGCAAGCAAUGCAAGGAGUUUGGUCAUUGUGAGGGGGAGGGUAAGGAGUGCAAAGAAGUGCAGGUUAUCACAGAUAAAGAGCUAAUAAGGGCAGAGGAUAUGACAGAUGAGGUAGCUUGGGUAUCUAAGGCCAAGGCGAACUUGUCUGGUAGGUCUAAUGAAGGAGAACCAGUUCCAGUAGUUGGCUCCAUUAGUGGAGGAAGUGCAGUGGCUACUCUGUCAACUGAAGGAGGUCCAGUUCCAGUAGUUGGCUCAACUGAAGGAGGUCCAGUUCAUGUCACUCGCUCACUUGUAGGAGGUCCAGUUCCAGUAGCUGGCUCACCAAUUGUAGGAGGUCCAGUUCCAGUAGCUGGCUCAAGUUCAGGAGGGACGACUACUCCUCUUAACACCCUCUCUGGUAAGCUGAUUGAUGAAGACGGUUUUCAACCUGUUACAAGAAAGGGAAAAGGAAUUGCCUAUUAUACUACUCUUAAGGUCUUUCCUUCUACUACUCUCAAUGCCCAAGGGCAUGCUCUGGUUAUAAGGGGGCCUCCUAAGAAGGGGAGGGGUAAGAAGCAUAAAUGA